AUGAAGUUUCCAGAGGAAGCAGAGGACAAAGCUGCAAGGGAAACGCUUACUCUUCCUAAAAGGCCGUGUGUGACCAGCAGCCCGGCCCCCCGGAUCCCAUCAGGACCCUCUUCCCUGCAGCCUGGGGGUGUGGUGCCUCGGGUCUCCCAGAGCAGCCCUCAGCCCCUCUGGGCCCCAGUACCCUCCGAGCCUGCCCGGCAGCCUGCUGGAGAAUCACGGGGUUACCGGGAGGGAGCAACAGCGCCUUAUCCGGUUGAGGACACCAGGGCCGGCGGAGUCCACCCACUGA